UUCAAAAUUCGAACUUGUUAUAUCUCAUGUCAAUUGUUGCAGAAAAAAAAAACAUGGUGGAAUAUUAAAAUCAUAUUGUAAUUAAUUCAUGAUUAAUGAAUUUCACAUCUUUUAUCUAUAGUUUGAUUGUUUAUUAAUAGAAAGAGUGAAUAGAAAAGAAAAUGAAAUCCGCACGCUCAAAACCAUCAAGUUCGGCUCGAAAAAUACCGGGUCAUCGUCAUCGAUACAAUUUGCAAAUUGGUGAUCCGGUACAAGUAUUUUGUCGUUUACGUCCAAUUCAAUUGCGCAACGAAUUAUCAUACAUGAAAGUAAUUUCUGAUAAAACAAUAGCAAUUUAUCCACCUGAAUCGUCAACAAAUUCACGUUCAACGGGCAAAGAAAUUUUAACAACAUUUACACGUGUCUUUCCAUCAGAAACAUCACAAAGUGAAAUUUUUCAUAUUAUUGCAUUGCCAUUGAUUGAAAAUUUAUUUCAAGGCAAAAAUAGUUUACUAUUUACCUAUGGAAUAACUGGAAGUGGAAAAACAUUUACAAUGAUGGGAAAUGAACGAGAAGGUGGAAUUAUGCCAAGAACAUUGGAUGUUAUUUUUAAUAGUAUCGCUAAUUAUCAGACGAAGAAAUUUAUUUUUAAGCCUGAUAAAUUAAAUGGUUUUGAAGUACAAGGCGAGAAGGAGGCAUUUCAAGAUCGAAAAAAUGAAUAUCAAACACGUCAUCCAAUUCCAACACCUCGAAGUGGAAAAAUAAAAAUGCGUAAAAUUGAUAGCGACAGCGAAACUACUCCAACAAUUCCUCGUUCUUCCGAGGAGUCUGAUAUUUUACAAAUUGAUGCAGACAAUGCUUACGCUGUUUUUGUUACUUACAUUGAGAUUUAUAACAAGAGUGUUUAUGAUUUAUUAGAAGAAAAUGAUAUUCGUGGAGUGAAUCUACAGAGUAAAAUUAUUCGCGAGGACGGUAAUAAAAAUAUGUACGUUCAUGCUGUAACUGAAAUUGAAGUGAAAAAUACAGAAGAAGCUUUUGAAAUUUUUCAAAAAGGACAACGUAGACGACGAGUUGCUCACACGGCACUUAAUGCUGAAUCCAGCAGAUCACACAGUGUUUUUUCAAUUAGACUUGUCCAAGCACCUCUCGAUUGUAAUGGUGAAAUGAUAAUUUCCGAUAAAGAAGCGAUAGGAAUCAGUCAAUUGUCAUUGGUCGAUUUAGCUGGAAGUGAAAGAAUGAACCGUACAAAAAAUACUGGACAAAGAUUACGAGAAGCAGCGAGCAUUAACAAUUCUCUUAUGACUUUAAGAUCUUGUAUUGAGAUAUUGAGGGAAAAUCAGUUAAAUGGUACAAAUAAAAUAGUUCCGUAUCGUGAUUCAAAACUGACGCAUCUAUUUAAAAAUUACUUUGAAGGCGAAGGACAAAUUAGAAUGAUUGUUUGCGUUAAUCCACGAAAAGAUGAUUUUGAUGAAACUAUUCAAGUGAUGAAAUUUGCAGAAAUGACACAAGAAGUAAAAGUCACGAAAUCUACAGUAAAAUUGUUGGAUCCAGAUUUCACACCAAGAAAACGUCAUGCAAAUCAGUUACUGAAAGAGAUUAAUCAUCAAAACGGAUUAGAAAGAAAUAAAGAGACUGUCAGCGAUUCGGAUAUUGAUCUUGGUCCUAUUUACGGUCUUGGAGGUUCAUUUCCAAAUUUGGAGAUUACUAAUCCUGACAAUGAGGGAUUAAUUAUGAAUUUAAUAUACUUUCUCGAGCAACGAAUCAAUAAACGCAAUUGUCUACGCGCUGAUUUGGAACAAAAAAUAAGUGAAUUUAGAAACAUUCUUCUAAAAGUAGAAGAAGAAAAUGCGAGUUUAAAAGUAGAAAAUGCUUCUAUAAAGGCUUAUCAUAAUCAACAAUUAAAAAAGGUUUCAGCGCUAGAAUGUCAUGUAGAAAAAGCAGAAAGCCAAAUUGAUAGUCUUCUUCGAAAAAUAGAUAACGCAAAUAAUACAAUUAAAAAUCUUCAACAAUCUUUGAAUGAUAAAAAUGUUGCUCUUAAUCAAACAAUGAUUGAAACUCAGAGAGUGAAGCAAAAAUAUAGCAACAAAUUGCAAAAGGAGGCGGAAAAAAUUAAUCUCCAAUCGGAAAUGAGAAUGCGUAUAGAACACAGUCAUCUUCAAAGCCAACUAAGGGAAAAGGAUGAGAAGAUAAAAUCGGCUCGACAAAUAUUAAACGAAAAAAUGGAUUUAAAUUCAAAUUCAAGUGAUACAAAAUUUUCACUACCAAUCUCACUACCUACCUAUCAACCUUAUGAAGCUGGCGAUAAUAAUUUAUCAGUAAAAUCUCCUGAAAGUACAAUUAUUCAAUCAAGAAGGGAUAAAAUUGCAGUUGCAAAUUCAAGAUAUCGUCGUUCUCAAAGCGCUGACAAAUGGAUAGAUCAUCGGCCGGGACCUUUAGUUCCUGUUGAAACUAUUCUUCAACCUUUAAUGCGACGAAAACGAAGUGUCUCUGAAUUACUCAGUCCUCAAAAAAUUACAGACGGCGCUUCACGAUAUUGUCUCAUUUCUCAGGAACAAGAUUCAGAUGGUGAUUUGGAAACAAAAUUGUACAAGGGCGAUAUUGUUCCAACAAGUGGCGGAGGCGCUCAAGUUAUUUUUAACGACGUUGAAUAUUUAAAACAAGCUUCCCCAAAUGGAAGAAAACGAAGUGGACCUUCAACGAGAAGUAUUUAUCCAGAAUUAAAUUCUGAACAAUGCUCUAAUGGUGAGAGUACUUCUAAAAAAUCUCGCACAUAACUUUUUUUUUUAAGAAAAAAAAGACUGAUUCAUAGUUUAACAGUUUGUAAGAUAUUUUUUAUAUUAAUAUAAAGAUAUUAAUAUAUUUUUCGUUAUAUUUCAUAAAGACUGUUAACAAAAAGUUCUUAAUAAUUUUUAUCUCAACGAUGUUUUAUUCUCAUUAAUUAAAUGAGAUUGUUAUUGAAAAAAAGUUUAUUAAAUGAAAAAUAAAUUUUUUUAUAAAUAUAAAUUCAAUAAUUAUUAAAAACCUUUACUUGCAAAAUUCAAACUCAAUUUUCAAUUUAUUGUAAUAAUUAUUAUUACAAUUAAAAAUUAUUAAUAAUAAAAUAAAUUCAAAGAAUUUUUAAAAUUUGUUAAGGUUUAAUUUAUUUCGCUUUUGUUAUUUUAUAUAAAAUGAAAAACAAUUAUCGCAGUGUAUCAAAAUUAAGUUCCUUUUUUAUUCUACAACAAUUUGGGAUCCACCCUUGUUGAAAAACCUCAUUUUUACAUUCGAUUUUUUUUUUUUUUUUUGCCUAUUUAAACGUAAAUUUGCUUUUUUAU